GAAGCCUCUAAAUGUUACACACUUUGCUUCUGCUUUACGUAGUUUUUUUCCAUUCCCGUCAUGAAAACCUCAGGGAUCUUCUUCAUUGCACCACUUCUCUGUCUGUUCUGGCUAACAAAACAUGCUGUGGACUCAGCCCAGCUGUCAGCUCCAGGGGUGGUAACAGCCGCAUACGGAGGAUCUGUGACAGUCUCUUGUCAGUAUGACCAUCAGUUCAGAGAAUACACAAAGUACUGGUGCAAAGGACGGAUAUAUGAGCUGUGUACCAUAGUGGUGAAAACACCCAAGAACCGACAUAGUGACAGAAGCUCCAUUGCAGAUGAUAAGGAGGCAGGAGUUAUCACUGUAACAAUGACAUCUGUCAGAGAAAGUGAUCAGGAUAUGUACUGGUGUGUCAUCGCCACACCUGGAAGGAAUGUCUACACUGGUGUCAGACUGCGCGUCUCCCACACAGUGAUAACAACCACACCAGCCAAUUCAUCCCCACAAGAUGAAAUACUUUGGUGGGCAACUCUACGUUGGAUCCUUUUUAUUUUAAUGUUGUGUUGUUUGGUAUCAACACAUAUCAUUGUAUGGAGGAUAAAGACUGCAAGGAAAAGAUGGCCCCAACGACAGUUUCAACAUCAAAACUCAAAUAUUUAUUAGUGAGCUCUGCAAGACCACCAUUUUGAAUCAUGGGUGAAUUAUAAACAUGUUCAUACUGAGGGUAUGAAAUCAUUCCUCCACUGGACACUCAUUCAGUGUGUGAAUUAAAGUGAAAAAUAAACCAAGUGAAAAAGUGGCUUUCAGGCUCUUUUUCCUUAGUAUUUAAAUGAUUAAAACCUCAUUAAUUUCCGCACCAGGGCCUCAGAUAACUUUGGGCCCAACGUAUGAAUACCCAAUCAGCUUCAAAUUAGAACCUCCGGGGAACUGAGGCUCUUGGCUUUCAUUUAAGUUAUUUGCAGAUCGUAUAUGGAUGGCCAUAGAGGUUGGUAUUCAUUUAGCAUUUAAGCACCUGUUUCUAGGUCAGUGUUGUACUCCAAAGAUCUGAAUGCCAUGCAGAAUGAUAAAUCCCUUCAUGCAUAAAUGAAGGAGUAACUCUUGUGAAAUCCUGCUUUUAAAAGACAAAUAUGAACAAAUUAUAAGGUUGAAUGCACUGCUCUAUUUUUUGUUAAUUUAUUUAAGGAUCACAGAGGUAUAUUUUCUUCACAACACACACACACACACACACACACACACACACACACACACACACACACACACACGCACACACACACACACACACACACACACACAAUCUUUCUUUGAAAGUCCCAUAGCUGACACCUACAGCUGAGAUGGAGUGUUUCUCUCAAUCUUUACAAACUGGUGAUUUCCAAAAGCUAAAUUAUAUUCCAAUGUUCCCAGUAUAUGAUAUUAUAUUCUGUAAAAGAAGCAGCUGUGAUUUGUAACUUGUGUAAAUUUCAUUAACCUGCUGUUUGUAGUUGGACAAUUGUGUCUGUUUUUUAAUUGUGUAUUAGCCGUACCUACAGAAUCCAAUGCUAUAACCCAUUAAAUCGGAUUUUUGUGAAGCA